GCCAAUCUUCAGAUUGACACUGCCACAAACCAGGGAGAGAGACUGGGCAGGCGCUAAGGGUCUUCUCCAGCUGAUCAGAGAAAGCAGGAAGGAUUGAGAGAGCAUCUCUGUAGCGACCAUCCUCAGCUGGAAGAAAAUGCAUUGAUUUAUUUUAGAAAGCUAAACAGAACGCUAUGAUCCUAUAUUUAUAAACACAGCUUGUUUGGUCGUCUGUGUCAAGAGCGAGAGUGGAUUCAACGAAAACAGCAGUUGCGUGAGAUAGAGCCCUGUCCCCUGCCACUAUCUCCUUCUCUGUUUACCAGAAAGUUCCACUCCGCUCCUGGCCACGGAACGGCCCUUUUCCAACUGCACUGCCAGAAGGAGACGCUGAGAAAAGCAACAGUUUCAGAGUCUGAGCUGGAUUCAAUGGUACCAGAGGGACUGGAGGAACUUGGGUGGAGGGGCUGGGGCAGGAGAGAAGGGCUUGGGGUGGAAGCUGUGAAGACAGGAGAGAGGGAACCAGAGCGGGAGGAGCAGCCUGACGACGCCAAUAUGCCUCCCAAGUUUAAACGACACCUCAACGAUGAAGAGGUCACUGGAUCCAUACGCAGCGAGAGGAGGAACCUGUUGGAGGAAGACUCUGAUGAAGAGGAGGACUUCUUCCUGAGGGGACCAACUGGACCCAGAUUUGGAGCCGGAAAUGACAAAAUCAGACAAGUUCAGUCGCAGGUUGAUGAGGUCAUCGAUGUGAUGCAGGAGAACAUCUCCAAGGUGAUCGACAGGGGAGAGCGACUGGAGGACCUGCAGGACAAGUCAGAGAGCCUAUCAGACAACGCGUCAGCCUUCAGCAGCCGAGCCAAACAGCUGCACAGGAGGAUGUGGUGGAGAGACAUGAAGAUGAAGGCCAUCAUAGCUCUGGUGGUGGUCGUUCUGCUACUUAUCAUCAUCAUUCCGGUGAUCUUGCGGUAUCGCUAGUGUUUCACCAGGAUGAGGAAGAAUCUCUCUCAAUCCUCCUCCUCUUCCUCCCAUUCUCCUGCACAAAGUCCUCCACACCAGCUAGGGGGCACCAUCUGCCCAUAACCACAGAUCUAGGAUCAGCUCACCCUCUCCCAAUGCUAACCUUUACCGUUCGGAUGGAAAACACAAAACUGACCUAAGAUCAGUGUCUACUAGGGACCACUUCAUCCUACUCUGUGAGCCAGGGCCAAGGGUGACACAGGAAGCAUUAAGUUGGUGUUACGUAAGGGUUGGGUUUGCGUCCCAAAUUAUAUCUUAUUUAGGGAAUAGGGUGUAAUUUGAGCUGCUGCCUGUGUCUCAGACACCUAAUCAAACUUAAGGAGAACUCCAUUCAGUACAUAAUACAUAUCAUCUAGUCAUUAAGGUUAAGUUUCAUAUCAUGUAGUCAGACUGACUGAAAGUCUCACUAUCAUUAGAAUCAAUCUGUCUGCUCCAGUCAGUCCAUCAGCAGCAACCGGUUAUACAGGACUUGUAGCACACCAAAAUAUUUGGAGAUUAAGAGUGGAACCCCUACCACCUCCCAUCUCACAUGUUUAGAAUGCUUUCAAGCCAAAACUGAAAAUGAGGCAAUGGCUAAAUCUUAAUACACUACAGUGGCCUCCUCUACUUGUCUCCUUUCCUUCUUUCCUUUUCUUCACCCAGUUUGAUCUGACACUAGCGGGACUGGUUCAAGCCAGUGAGAGGAAGCCACUGUGUAGUAUUGGGACAACGUGUGUCCUACUGACAUGUGUUACUGCUUGGCCACUGCUGAUCUCAUUUCCUGUUAGUAACACUAUGCUAGCUGUCUCUCUCCAGAUGGUUGAAUUUUACAGUUUCUGUGAUAUUGAGUUCUGUUGGAAGGUUAACGUGAAGCUUAUGAAUGUCUGCUGCUAUUCCCAUUACCCCUGAGGAGCUAAGGGACAGACACUGUCAUUCCACUGCAAAUGCUGGAGGCGUCUGGUACCACUUGUUUAUUCUGUGUGCGCGUGUGUGAUUUUCCUAGUCUGCCCUGUAUUGAGAUUGCGUGCCCUCGGUAUCCAAACAUGCACGGCUUGUGAUGCGGGUCACCAGUACUGCCACACCACAGCAGCAUAACAUUUGAUUAACACUUGAUUUAAAUCAGACAUGUUCAGUCUGGUUGGCUGAUUGUUCGCUCUGGUUUGCUUAUUUCCUUAUAAAAUCAUCGACUUCGGAAGGUGCUGCAGCAGCAUCCCAUAUAAAUUGAAAUGAAUGUGCCAGAGUUAUAGAAUUCCAGCCGUCUGUUCAGAAAGAAAUGAAAUAAUUCCGAAUAGUCUACUACACCAGGAGUAGGCCUAUAAUAUAGCCACAGAGGAUCAAUAAAUAAAACAUGUAAUGGCCUAGCUGUAAUAACAAGGUAUAGGCUACAGCCAGGAAUGUGCUGCAAAUCUGCCAGUAAAUAGCAUGCAGACAAAACAGGCCUUUCGCAAUAUUUAAAAUACAGUCGCAGGAAAACACAGGUUGGAUAGCAAAUGGCUCCUGCUGAAAAGAGAAGAUGAAUCUGUCUGCUGUAGGAUACCAAAAUAUUUGAGCAACUUCCAAAAAGGCGAUCAAGUGACCAUUGUUUACAGGUUAGAGAUAGGCUUUUGGCAUGAGCGCAUCAGCCAUUGGACUAGUGAGCUGUGCAUUAUUUCUCAUUGGGUAAGUCAGUGAAACUGGAAAGCUUUUUUAAGACUCAUUUCCUCAUUGUACAAUAUGUGUCUCUCCACACACCUAGGCCUAGGCUAUUAAUGGAUUCAAUACGUUUUUAAUGAUUUCAGUGUCAAAGUAGACUGUCAUUUCGAUCAUUUUUGCGGUACUUAAAAAGAUUCUGCCAAAGUCUGCAGUCAUGUAAAAUGACGUAGAAUUGCAUGAAAUGCGUUUACACAAGGCGCAAUUUCUCCCGCCUUUACUGCUCUAUUCCACUACGCAAAUGCGAUGAUAUGCAUGCAAUGCUUUAUUACACUGAACAAAAAUAUAAAUUCAACGUGCAGAAAUUUAAGUUCAUUGUUCACGUAAGGAAAUCAGUCAAUUGAAAUAAAUUAAUUAGGCCCUAAUCUAUGGAUUUCACAUGACCGGGAAUAUAGAUAUGCAUCUGUUGGUCACAGAUACCUUUUUAAAUGUUUGUAUCCAUUUUGUUUUAUUCCCCCCUUUUUCUCCCCAAUUGUCAUGAUUACAAACGUAUCUCAUUGCUGCAACUCCCCAAAGGGUUCGGGAGAGGCAAAGGUCGAGUCAUGCAUCCCCUGAAACAUGACCCGCCAAACCGCGCGUCUUAACACCUGCCCGCUUAGCCCGGUAGCCAGCUGCACUAAUGUGUCGGAGGAAACACCGUUCAACUGACGACCGAGUCAGCCUACAGGCGUCCGGCCCACCACAAGGAAUCGCUACAGCACGACGAGCCAAGUAAUGGGGCACUCUGUUCACAACGUUGACAUCCACAAACCGCUCGCCCAUACGACGCCAUACACGCUGUUUGCCAUCUGCCCGGUACAGAUGAAAACUGUAUU